AGUUGCCCGGAGACUGUCUCUGGAGAGUGUGUGAACGCUCCACAUCCAGCCGCCGCUAAGGCUAUUUUUCUGACUCUUACCUACUGUAAAUAUGUCGGGGGGGAGACUUCACGACGCCCCCAGCUAAGCAGUCCCGCAUACGAGAGCCCAGCCAACACCCACUGGGCCUACGUCAGGUGUACAGGAUGGCUGGUGUGGUGUCUGGGCGGGUGGCGCUGCAGCUUAUGGUGGCUGUUGUUAUUGCUGUUGUCGUCACCACCUUUGCGCUCUUCACCUUCGACAUCUCGCCAAGUUUCACAGGGAUUCAGAACAAAAUUGAACUUUUGGAGGACACGGUGAGGCGGAGUGUAUUGAAUGCGCCCUUGGCAGCCUCGGCUAAGUACCCAGGUCCUGAGGAUGUGGUGGUUCCCCUCGAUCGCAUCAUGAAGGCUCCUGUCUCCCUCGACCAGAACGAUCCCCGCCUUAUCCAGAGGAUCCGGGCCAAGCAUUUAUUUCCGCCCUCUGACCAGCCUUACAGCCUGGCCAGCACCAACGAUGACCCUUCCAUGGGCCAGUCCAAAGAGAUUCGUAAUAUUUUCGGAGAACAGAAGGGCGGGUUCUUUGUGGAGUGCGGUGCCCUCGAUGGUGAGACUCGCUCCAACACCCUCGUCUUUGAGAAGCGGUUUGGCUGGCAUGGGGUACUCAUUGAAGGGGAUCCCAAGAACUUUGACUUGGUGCUAAAGAAAAACCGGAAGGCCUGGGCUGUCAACGGGUGUCUAAGCACACAUCCAUAUCCUAACACUAUCGUCAUGUUGGCUGGUCUGUACUCCUUCCCAGAUCGUCAUGUUGGUCUGUGUCUCGUCAUGUUACCUUCCUAG